AUGAAAGUUACAGAUAAUGAGGGAAAGAGAAACAGGCGGAGUAAGAGAAACCUGUCUUACGUCACGAUUCGACACAAAAAUUGGAGGGAUAAAGAAUAG